AUGUGUGACUCUUCUGGUUCUAAAGGUCCUUGCGGUGGAAAGGUAUUAGUUGACUUUUCGUACCUUGGUACCGGCUUCCAUGGUCUGGCAUAUCAGGUUGACGAGCCCAAUACAGUGGAAGGUCAUCUGUUUCGAGCUUUAUCAGUUGCUAAUAUAGCACGUGAUGUUCAGAGCAAUGGUUAUGAGCGUUGUGGUCGUACAGAUCGAGAUGUUCAUGCUCUUCACAACUACUGUUCAUUUUUCACGGAUCCAUGUUCACCAGAUGGCCCAUGUUCCAGUGUUCCAUCAUCAUAUUGUGAUCGAGGGACAUGUUAUCGCAUGAAUAGUUUUGUGAAAUGCGUGAACAAGCAUUUACCAUCAAGUAUCCGUAUCAAUAGUGUGACAAGGGUAUCUGACGAUUUCAGUGCUCGUAGGGACUGUUUAAUGCGUACUUAUAAGUACUUUUUUCAACUUGGUUGCAUGGACCUUGGUUUGAUGAAGGAGGGUUGUAAAUAUUUUUUGGGUACGCAUGACUUUAAGCAGUUUUGCAAGGUCGACAAUCGCAAUCCUAUAGAUACUCAUGCGACUAUUAUGUCGUUUGAAGUAGAUCGUUAUAACGACCUGCUUUGUGUUGCUACGGUAACGGGGCGUGCAUUUUUAUGGCAUCAGGUUCGAUGUAUGAUAGGCAUGUUAUUUGAGGUUGGUAAGGGUUGUGUUGCGCCUGUAAAAAUUUUGUGUUUAUUGGAGAAUCCUAAUUUGUCUAAAUUCAAUUACAAGAUGGCAAGUGCUCAUGGUUUGAUUUUGUAUGAAUGUGUUCAUAAUAUCCCUUACGAGGGUAUCCCUGCAAGGAACCGGGCAGUUUACCAGCAAACUCUGGACGAUACAAUCCAGACACUGGGCCCUCUGUCACUGUUGGCUGGCCGUUUCUAA